AUGAAUCGAUCUUCUCGGGCCGUCAUUGCUCUCUUGGUCCUAUGGCUCCUACUACUACCCAACGUCGCUUCACAAGCCAAUCGUAACAACCCCUUUAUAUGGCAGGUGGUGGUGCAAUAUGAACUCGGCAAAUCGAAUCAGUCGGCGACCUAUCUUACUGAUACCUCGGUUAAGCAAUACAGCCAAGACUUUCAAACAGUGUUUUUAUACGAUGAUCUCUAUGGGCACAACGAGCGGCUUUUGUUGGAUUUUGGAGAUGGUUGCCCGGGGACAAGUAUGGAUAAUGUGCAAGCAUUGAAUGGGAAUACAUCGACGAGUCCAUCUAUGAUGGCACAACCAUCGAUUGCCCUGAUACAACGAGGGGGAAGAUGUACACUAUGGUCGGAUAAAGUGAACCAGAUCCAAGCAUUGUCAAACCAGUAUCACCUAAACGUCGGAGCCAUUAUUGUGUUCGACAAUGCAACUUGGCCUUCUGUUGAAUUGAUCACCGAAAGCACCGAUAAUAGCUCCUACCCCACUUGGGAUGCUUCUUUACCAACAACUCGCAAUAUCAACAACAUGAGCGACAAUGACAUUGCAAAUCACUCCAACGGCAUAUUCCUUGCCAUCUUUUUCGUACCCAACGUGUAUGGCAACACGCUCAAAGAUUUGAUCCACAAUUAUACUCUCACGUCCAGCGGCAAGCCUACUCAACAAUAUGUGCAAAUUGCCAUGUUCUUUUCCGAAUCAACCUUCUCACUUGAUCAAGAUGACAAUAACGCAGGUGGUAGCGGGAAUGCGGAUGGCAACUAUUGGGAUGUCUUUACUGGAGACCAUGCCUACAUUGCUUAUUUGCUGGCAGCAGGUGGUGCUCUCGUGGUGGCAUUAUUCUUUUUUCGGUGGUGCAGGACAUCACGUACUGGAUUUGGUUCAAGAAAUGAUGGGUCUAUGGAUGAUGAGCAAGCUAUAGGUAGCGGUAACAUCCCGCUCACUGAGAGUACCCACAAAAUGUCGCUUCAAAAGCUGGACGAGCUUUGUCCUGUGCAAGAAUAUCGGGAUGCGCAAGAGACCAAGAAUACCAUUUGUGCCAUUUGUCUUGAAGAGCUUAACCUUCAUGAUAUGAUACGAGUGUUACCCUGUCAUCAUGGCUUUUGUGUUGGCUGCAUUGAUGUCUGGCUCACCAAGAAAGCAAGUAUAUGCCCCAUAUGCAAAUACGAUUGCGAUCAUGUUCAGCAAACGCCGCCAUCUCAAACAGAUUCUUCAAGUACCAAUGCCCCAACCAUUACAACUCCACCUCCAACUCAUCCACCAAACCAUUAA